UCAUUCAGUGCGUUGGUCGCUCGGUUCAUCCAUCGCAGUGCUCAGGGUUUUCAAAAGGUGUCGUGGAAUAGAGUCUACAGUUGAAUGGUGCAACACGAUUAAAGUAUACGCGAUGAUUGAUAUGAUCGAAAAGGAAGAGACGAUGAUCAGCGAGGAGGAGGCGGCUCAGUACGACCGGCAGAUCCGCCUGUGGGGGUUGGAGGCGCAGAAGAGACUGCGGGCCUCUCGUGUGCUGCUGGCUGGCUUAGGAGGACUCGGGGCUGAAAUUGCAAAGAACCUCAUUCUGGCUGGGGUCAAAGGGGUCACACUUCUGGACCACAAACAGGUAUCAGAGGAGUCAUGCAGGGCUCAGUUCCUGGUGCCAGUGAGCACUCAAGGACAGAACCGAGCCCAGGCGUCUCUGGAGAGAGCCCAGAACCUCAACCCUAUGGUCGAGGUGGACGCAGACCCCUCAGCCAUCCAUGACAAGUCCGAUGACUUUUUCCUGCAGUUUGAUGCGGUGAUUCUGACAGGCUGCCCUCGAGACCUGAUGCUGCGCCUGGACCAGCUCUGUUCCCAGAACAACAUCAAAGUCUUCUGUGGUGACGUAUGCGGUUACUAUGGAUACAUGUUCACCAAUCUGGGUCCGCAGUACCACUAUGUCGAGGAGAAACCUAAAGUGGUGAAGCCUUCAAGGGAGUCUGCUGAUGGGCCAGAGUCCAAAAAGGCCAAGGUGGACCCCAGUGAAACAACAAUGGUGAAGAAGAUGGCGUCGUUCUGCAGUCUAAAGCAGGCUCUUGAGGUGGACUGGACCAGUGACCAGGCCAAGGCUUCACUCAAAAAGACCCCAGUCGACUACUUCCUCCUGCAGGUGCUGCUGAAGUUCCGCACAGACAAAGGUCGUGACCCUGAGCCAAGCUCGUAUGAAGAGGACAGCCAGGCUCUCCGGCAGAUUCGAGAUGAUGUCCUGGAGUCUCUGUGUGUGAGCCCCAGUCUGCUGAGCGACCAUUUCAUCAGCUUCUGCUUCUCUGAGUUGUCCCCUGUGUGUGCUGUGGUGGGCGGAGUGCUUGGACAGGAAGUGGUCAAGGCCCUGUCUCAGAGAGAUGCCCCACACCGGAACUUUUUCUUCUUUGAUGCCUGUAAAGGAAAUGGCGUGGUGGAUUACUUUGGCCCAAACUAGUCUCAGCAUCUUUACUUAUCACAAUCCUCAAAACAAUCACAUUUUGUACUUUUUCUAAUUAAAGCUGUCUCAACAGAG